AUGACUUAUCAACUUCCUUAUCAACUUCCCACCACCACAUUUCCUCUAUCUACCCCGAAUACCCAGACACUGCCACCUGCCCUUCUGCAAGCUCUCCAUCGACUCGCCACAUUUUCUUCCAACAUCCAGCUCUUAACAUCUCAAUUUGCUCCGCAUCUCCAUUUCCACGCACAUCAUUCAUGCUUCUCCAAGCCUACCCCACAACACUUUGCUCGCCGCCGGAAGCCAACAACUCGCUCAACAGCUUGGCGAUUACAAAACCUCACGCCUCCUGAUCCCAUCACUCACCUUCCAGCUUCAGGUGUUACACCCUCGGCUUCAAUCGCUACAUUGAUCACAAAUGCCCCACUGCGGCCGGUCUCAGCUCCACCAUUCGACUCAACGCGACAUACAUCAAAAAUGCCGAGAUCAAGCUCUAUACCUCCUUGUACCACUCAAUCACGCACGCAAGCAGGGCCAAAUAAACUAGUCCAAUAUGCUUUAUCAAAUCAUCAAUCUGAUGAACCAUUAUCACAGAACAGCAUCAAAUCUCGAUCAAUGACUUCCGCAAGCACCGCGGUUGACCUGAUCCGAGUCGAAUGUCCAAUCGACCAGCAACCUGUUCUCAACUCAAGACCCAAACGAGCUGCGCAACAGCCAUUUCCACCGGCUGACUCUCAUAAUAUCAAAAAUACUCGUGAUUUGCUUAUAGACCUCAAUGCAAUCAUCUCGAAUGACUCAAGAUUGCCUGUAUCGGCCUCAGAAACCGAAGUAUUGAGUGCUAGUAUAUCAUUAACAGCCAUAGAUAUCCCUAAUGCUGCUAUUGACUUGCUUGUUCCCACCACCGUCGCGUCUGCCACCAAGAUCGACCCGAUCCUGAACGCGAUUGAACUGGCGAUAGUUCCAAAUGUGAAUCCUGUCAUUGAGGAUCUAAUAUUGAGCGCUGCGAAUGAUCACGCGUUAUACUCUGCUGUUGGUUGUCUAACUACUGGUGAUAUCAAUCAAGACACCAUCACUGACAUCGAUCAAAACCGAACUGUGGAUUUAGUGCUCAAUGUAGAGAAAGGACUUGCGGAUGAUGUUGAUCAAGAACUCGAUACAACCAAAAUUGUAGCUCUAAAUGACCAAUUACGACUACCGGUUGCAAGCCUGAUGAAAUCUGUCCCUAUGUUUGCUGUUGAUCGAUCAGUUGAUCUCGGUGAUACUAAAGCGGGAAAUCACGGACACGCUGCUGACGUUCACCCAGACCCUGAUGCUACAACCGAUCCCGUUCUUGAUGAUCUUGUCUCAAUACAAUCAGAAACCAAUCACCCUCUGCAAGUUUUUAUCUCUGAUAUUCACCUUGGAUCAAAUUUGGAUAUGCUCUCAUCACCACAGCCUUAUCAUAUUGCUCACCCUGUCGCAUCCUCAACCGACAUACCUUCGCCUUUGAUGAACAAGAAGAAGAAGAAAAAGAAGAACAAGAAGAAGAGACAUAGUACUGAUAAUAAUUCAUCUGAACAACACUGCCGCAAAUAUGAUGUCACUGACAACUUUGGCUUUUACGCUCCAAAUGGAUGGAUUGAAGAUCAUCAUCAUUCUUCAAAUCAUUCUCCUUCACUGCAACAAGACAUGCAUACACCGAGUGAAACCAAUUAUGACCACCUUCUUGGUCUUGUUCAUCAACUUCUCUUUUGUCAUCAUAUGUACGACCUCCUUCAAGUAGAUGAGCAGGGUAUCCUUUUUGGGAAGGAAUAUGGUCAACAUAUUCAAAAUCAAGAUGUGAUUUGUUAUUCACAUGAGGGUGAAUUCAUGUUUAGACGUACAAAAGAUGGAAAGAUAUUUGAUUAUCUUGAUGUGCUUGAGUAUUGA